AUGGGCCAAGCCAAAAUGGGCAAAUGCAACGGCGAACGAAAACCCGUCGUUGAAUUUUGGCCCCUUAAUGGGCUACAAUACAUGUUUAUUUCUCAACGAGUCACAUGGGACGAAGCUCGGAUGUUGUGCCUCAACUAUAACGCUAAAUUGGCCAUUUUGGACAACGCCGAAAAGGCUUUGAGCAUUUCGCAAUCGAUUGCAAACUCCAACAUAGAAAUGGGAGACUCGUGGAUUGGCGGACGGAGGAUGAAUUUUUCCUGGACGUGGGUAGACGUAGGGGUUGGGCCAGGAGUAAAAUCCGAAAUCCCGAUGGAACCGAACGUCGAGAAUUUUCCGCCCUGGACACGAGAGCCCACGAGACCGACGAAAGAGUGUUUAGCCAUCGAUAGGCGGAGCCACGAUCUCCCAAACUUCAUUGAUCUCGACUGCCGACUCCAGAGGCCAAUAAUCUGCGAAAAAAGAUUAGAAGAUUUGUGCAAAGCUCCGGUCCCCUCAAAGUGGAUCCAAAUCAGCCGGAGCACUUUCACUCUCUAUCAUGGAAGAGUCACGUGGCACGAGGCUGCGACCUUCUGUCGAGAUCAAGGAAACCGUUUGGCGAUACUCAAAACCGCGAGUGUCAUUAAUAUUUUAACCAACGGAAUGACGAAAACGCGACCAGACUUUGAGACCGUAUGGAUAGGAGCUUAUUUCUCCUAUGGCCAGUGGACCUGGAUGUCGACUGGCUCCCUGUUGAAUCCUCUGUCUGACGAAAGCGGUUAUCCACCGUGGCGUUCGGGUCGUCCUGAAAAGAACGAAGGUUGCCUCUUGCUGGAUCGUCAUUUGGAUGACAGUACGCAUUUCAUUGAGACGAAUUGCGAUAAAAAACGCGAUUUCGUCUGCGAAGAGUAUCCAGAGGGCGAGGACGAAGACUGGCUCAACGAGCCAGCCAAGUUUGCUCAUGGCAACAGCACCUACAUUAUUUAUCCACUCGACAAGACCUGGUCGGAGAGUCGUUCGUUUUGCAACGAUCGAGGAAGCGUUCUAGCACACGUGGGAAGCAUCGACACGCUUAAAGUUAUUAUCGAAGCCAUGGGGGAUCAUCCACGAGAAAUUCAUCACGUGUGGUUGGGGGGUGAAUUUCGAUCGAAAGAGGACGAAUGGUACUGGAUCGGAGACAACAGUAAAAUACCAAAAGUUAAGGACCCAGAAGGAUUUCCGCCAUGGGCUCAAAUCGAUACCGGUCUUGAUCACGAUCCAGCGAGCUCAUCUUGUCUGAAUUUGGAUCGCACGGACCACGUGAAGCCGCAUUUCUACGGCCUCGAUUGCCUCAGUAAACAAUCAUUUGUGUGCAAAAUAACUUGCGAUGUUCCACCGACAGUGAAAAACGGAACUUGGAAUUGUCACGAAGUAGAUGACGGGCGCGAAUGUUCUUUGACUUGUGACGCGAAUCUCCUCCUGAUGGGAGUGAGAAACGUCACUUGCACGUCGUUCGGUGGGUGGGUCACGGGUUUCCAUUGGCUAGAAUUUCCCCAGUGCAUGGAACCGAAAGAAUACACUCUACGAAUGAUUCGAUCUCUGAGCUACGACAUGCAAAAAAGCGCUGGUUAUUAUCUGAUGAUCGACCACAUGAAUCCGGAGAUGGGUUCCUUGUCACUGGAAUUCGCUGAACGGCUCAUAAAAGCUUUCCCAGUAUCGCACAAUUUGCGUAUGGGAAUGACAUCUUACGCGACGAUUCCUCCGACCCACGUGCCGUUCAAUCAAUCCGACAAUUGCCAAAUACUCGAGGUCAUCAAUGAUGCGAAGAAAAAAUCUCGUAGCCUCUGGAACGAAGAGGAAACGAAGAAUUACUUUAACAGCGACGUUUCUCUGUUCAGUGGACGUAGAAUUUUAAUAAUUGCCAUGCUCGAUUCACAGCGAGCUGCAGCUUACGCUGAUUCGAUCGAUCAAUUCAAAUCCGCGGGUCACCACGUAACAAUAAUUGGUCUCGAGGAAGAUUGGAAAACACUUUUGCCUCUCGUGACCGUAGGUUUCGACCGCAGGAGCAAUCUCUUCCUCUUCGACAGUUCGGAGCUGGAAAGAAUCAUCUCCGAACUUGACCGAUUAGACAAAAAACCGUGGAAAUGCAAGAUUAUGAGUGACUCAACGACCUCGACGCCACCUACUGUACCGACAGUUUUGGAACCGAUUGAUUUUCUCAAUAAAAAUUCAAAAAUCCCAGUUGGAGUUCAAAGCCUCUUUAACGAAGGCACUACCAAAACAAGUCCGUCCCGGGAAGGAAAACCAGUGACUAUGAAAGAUGCAACAUCAACGAAUUCGGAGGAACAACCGGAAAGCCCUGGACAAAGUAUGAAAAGCCCGAGUGAGAUUUCAAAGGGAACGAAAAACUUGGAAGUCGUUCCUCAAAUUUACGCGGAACAAGAAGUGAUGAAAGGGCCUGAAGAAAAUCAAGAAACCGAGCAAACCGGAAGAGAUUCAAAUUCGUCCAAAGAAAAUGGGGAAGAAAAAAUAGAGAAUUCCGCUUCCUCGACGAACGAACCGACCGACCAUCAACAAGAUGAACCUGAAAAGAUUGAUGCAAAAUAAAUCGUCGCUCGUCCCCAACGCUGCCCGAGGAUUCAAGCAUUAAGUUUCCUCUUGGGUUUAUUUUUUUCUUUG